CUUCGCCCUCCUUCUCUCUUUGUUCUGAAGCGCGAUUAAAUCAUGUCAUUUCGUCUUUUGUUUUAUCCAUCGAGGUUUAAGAUCGAGAUGUUGUUGAUUGAUCUUCUGGAGUUCCUGUCAAAACUUAUAAUUUUGUCUCUUAUCUGAUGCAAACUCCCGAGAUUUCGUAUUUCUUCUGAUCCAAUACAACUCCUCGGGGUUUGAUUCGCGUAAAUUCUUGCAUCACGAGCGAGAAAGAUUUCUUCCUUAGCAUGGGUGCAUCUCCUGUGAUGCAUCGAUGAAACCAAGAAAUUCCAAAUUCCAGCAUUGUAUUUGGAAAGUAGUACUUUUUGAUAGUUUCUAUUCUUGUUGUGUUAAUCGAUGCAAAUGCGUCGCGACUUCUUGAGGCGUAAGUUACUGCUCUAGACGUGGCUUUUGAUGUAUAGUUUCCGAAGAAUUUUGUCUAUCCUAUUUUGUGACUAUGUACCUAUUUUUCUCUGUUUGUGAUUCCUUGUGUUUAAUUUUCACAUAUGUACAUGUACUUGUUUUUCUUCGAAUAAAAAGAUCCGACAUGUAACCUUGUUGUAUUCUUGAAUCUUCAAGGUAACUGCUUAUAUGAAAGCUGUCUUCAGCUUUUAGAAAGCUUAUGAACAGGAAAUGUCCAUUUCAAACUUAGAGAAAAACUUUACUCCCCAUCGUGGGUUUAGUUAGCUCUAUGUGGUGGGUGCCCUUCACCUUGGUUCUUAAUAAGGUUGAUUAUAAUUUUAUAGCAUAUAUAUUGCAUGACUCUUCGAACAUGAGCUUCCACUAUAUCCUGGAUGAGUAAUGUUUUUCCUUCUGGUGAGAACCAGCAAAAAGGGUAGGAAAUAAAAUUUACCAAAUAUUAGUGCAAAAAAGAGAAAAAAAUGAAGGAGCGUGGGAUAACCUAUUUCAACGUAGGUUUAGUUAUAUUUAGUUCACACCAAUUGAAGCUUUCAGAAAUUGACUAGAGCCGGAAAAUAAAUGCAAAUAUGCCUCGUUACGUAUUGUUCUUGGCUAAAACUGAAGUGCUAUAUUUCAUCAAAUUUGAUCUUUAAUGAUUUAGAUGCUCUGUCAUAUUCUGUUAGUAUAUACUUCUACUCUGGUAGACGUUCCCACUGGAUUGAUUGACUGAUUCACUUUUUUAUAAUUAGAAAAAUAGAUGUUCCAUAAUUAGUAUCUGUCAAGUGGUCCAUGAGCAAAGGUUGCCAUUUUGAUCCUGUAAUUUGAAAAUUCAUCGAGUAAAUUACAGGAAUUGAAGACAGUGACAAUUCUUUCUUUACUUCAAGUUCGAAAGAAAUGUUCUUUUUUUUUUCAAUUAAUGCAGCAUUUUGGACUAAGAGAAGAUGGCCAUGAAGAAGAAUCCCACAGUUUUUUUGGACAUUUCAGUGGACAGAAACCCUGCCGAGAGAAUGGAGAUAGAGCUUUUUGCUGAUGUAGUUCCAAAGACUGCAGAGAAUUUUCGAGCACUUUGCACUGGUGAAAAAGGCAUUGGAGAUUCUACACAAUUGCCACUGCAUUACAAGGGAUCAUUCUUUCAUCGCAUUGUAAAAGGAUUUGUUGCUCAAGGAGGUGAUUUCUCAAGGCGAGAUGGCAGUGGUGGUGAGAGCAUUUAUGGAAGAAAAUUUCCAGAUGAGAAUUUUAAGCUGAAGCAUGAUGGACCUGGCCUUUUGUCCAUGGCAAGCUCUGCACCCAACUCAAAUGGAUCUCAAUUUUUCAUCACCUUCAAGGCAACACCACAGCUUGAUGGCAAAAAUGUUGUUUUCGGAAAGGUAGUAAGUGGAUCUAACCUGCUGAAGAAAAUAGAACAGGCAGGUUCUGAGAAAGGGAAACCUCUUUGCCUUGUAAAAGUUGUAGAUUGUGGUGAAGCUUCUGAUGGUAAGACUCAAGUUGCUCCAGGAAAAGAGAAAGAGAAAAAACGUAACGAGUCCAGCUUGGAUCUUUGUUCCAAUGACAGUUCUGGUGGAGAACAGAGGUCAAGUCAUAAAAGAACUAUUAAAGAUAAGAGAAAGAAGAGAAAGAGAAGAUAUUCAUCAUCUGAUUCUUCUAGUUCUGAUGAUUCUGAUUCGGACUCCUAUUCAUCUGAUAGUGGCUCUAGUUCUUACUCUGAUUCAUCAGAUUCUAGUUCAUCCAGCGGUGCUAGAUACAAGAGGAGAAAGAGAACAUCAAGAAAAAGGAAAAAUAGGAAUGGAAAAGGCAAGAGAGAUCAUCAUACAGAUAAACGACAAAGAAGGCAUGACAAAAAAUCAACUCGCAAGCCAAAAUGGAGCUCAAGUUCUAGUGACUCAGAGAGUGAAACUACCAGCGGUAGUAGUAGCUCUGGCUCUGAAAGAGCUGGCCAUCGGGAUGAUACUCGUAAAGCCAAGCACUCGUUGCAAACCGCUGAUACAUCACUUGAAGUUGGAAAGAAACAAUCUCUUUCAAUAGUCCCAGGAAAAGAAUCAGCUGCAGAAAGGACAAAGAAAAGUGAACGGGUAGCUGCUCAGGUUAAUGCAUCACGUGAAUCAGGCCUAGUUUUUCAAGAAACUAGAGAUGAUCCAGAAGACUCCUAUCGUUCUAUAGGAAAAUUUAACAAAAUGGCCAAUCAACCUCCCAAGUCAAAUGAGAAAUCAAGCAGAUCCAGCAGCCCGAUAAUACCGGAGGGAGAUCGCAUUGGAAGUCCUAGGGUCCAUGCAGACAAGGGACCUACAUCAAGUCCAAGUGGAGUUCCACAUAUUGGUGGUGCUAAUCAAAGUUCCGUCGGAGGAAUCAGUAGAAGCAAAAGCCAUUCAGCGAGUCCAACAAGGAGUCCUGGGCGUAAAGCUUCUGAGCCUGCUUUAAAGCAACUGGAUGUGUCCAGAAAGCCAUCCCCUAGUGGUCCCCCAAAACGCAUUAGGAAGGGACGUGGAUUCAGUGAUAAGUAUGCCUAUGUACGGAAAUACAGGACUCCGUCUCCAGAGCGUUCUCCUGUUCGCUCCUACUAUUAUAGAGGCAGAUAUGAACAAGAAUGGGGAAGAAAUAGGUACUCAAGACGCACAUUCAAUUCUGAGCGUUCACCUGCCCGGCGGUAUCAAGGCUCUCCAAGAGGCAGUAGCCCACCCAGAUACCGUGGCAGAAGGGACCGAAGCAGGAGCAUGUCACGCAGCCCUGUUGGGUAUCGCAGCCGUCGUAGGGAUCGUACUCAGAGCCCAAGACGAAGCCGUAGUCCAUUGGAUGACCAGAAGCCUGCGCUAGGCAAUAGGAUACAAUCUCGUCUUGGUCCUCAAGGAGGUGGCUACUGCUCCGUCAGUGGACGGUCAAGGUCAAGAUCUCCACAUCCAUCAGCAUUUAAAUCUGAUGCAGGGCCACAGGACAUGGAAGAUAAGGGAGGGUCUCAAAGCAGCUCCAGAUCUAGCAGCCCUGCGCCAAACAAUGGAUUGGUGGCAUAUGGAGAUGGGAGUCCUGAUAGGUAGCGCCUGCAAACGGCGUUGAUGGCUUGGCUUAAAAGUAUGUCUCACCUUUGCAGCAUACGAGUCUCCUGGUAUUUCUCAUUACUUUAUAAUGGUGGUUUGGGGGAACCCAUCAAACUCUCCAGAAACCAUGUUCUUGCUUAAGGCUCUUCCGUGUUUAAAGUCAUCUUGGUGUUGAACGUUAAACGUGAGUUUGAGUUUUAUGUUAUUGCUCAACGGAAUCUUCCGCCA